UCUCCCGUCACGAAACCCCUCCCGCAAGGAGGUUCCAUAUUGGGUAAGAUCUCGGCUCGUUGAGAGUCCCGGGAUCUGUUCUCGCGAGAGUACUGCGGGAGGCUCCAGCUCGCUGGCUCUGAAGCCGUGACCACUGGAGUCUCAGCGGGCGCUGCAGCUGGAGUCGGGCGGAGCAGACCAGAGUCGGCCUGGUCCGGGAGCGUGUGCAGCGAAACUGCGGCGGGCGCAGCCCUGAACCCGGUAGCGCGCCCUUGCCCUUAGCCAGCCUCGCCCCUGUCACUGAGGCACAUCUAGCUGCUGCAGCUGACAGGGGCCGCGCGCGCGCGGGAGUCCGCGGGGCCGCAGCAGCCGCACCUGUGCGGGCGGCCAGAGCGGGGUCCCGGCCAGGCUCGGCGGGCAGCGAGAGUCCGGGAGCGGGUGCAGGCGCAGGCGGGGGUCACGCAGGGCCACCUCCUCCCCUGCGGCCGCCGCUGGAAGAUGUCUCAGGAGAGGCCCACGUUCUACCGGCAGGAGCUGAACAAGACAGUCUGGGAGGUGCCUGAGCGCUAUCAGAACCUGUCCCCAGUGGGCUCCGGCGCCUAUGGCUCGGUGUGUGCUGCUUUUGACACAAAAACUGGGUUACGUGUGGCAGUGAAGAAGCUCUCCAGACCAUUUCAGUCCAUCAUUCACGCCAAAAGGACCUACAGAGAACUACGGUUACUUAAACAUAUGAAACAUGAAAAUGUCAUUGGUCUGCUGGAUGUAUUUACACCUGCAAAGUCUCUGGAGGAAUUCAAUGAUGUGUAUCUGGUGACCCAUCUCAUGGGGGCAGAUCUGAACAACAUUGUGAAAUGUCAGAAACUUACGGAUGACCAUGUACAGUUCCUUAUCUACCAAAUUCUCCGAGGUCUAAAGUAUAUACAUUCAGCUGACAUAAUUCACAGGGACCUAAAGCCUAGUAAUCUAGCUGUGAAUGAAGACUGUGAGCUAAAGAUCCUGGAUUUUGGACUGGCUCGACAUACAGAUGACGAAAUGACAGGUUACGUAGCCACCAGGUGGUACAGGGCUCCUGAGAUCAUGCUGAACUGGAUGCAUUACAACCAGACAGUUGAUAUUUGGUCAGUGGGAUGCAUAAUGGCCGAGCUGUUGACUGGAAGAACAUUGUUUCCUGGUACAGACCAUAUUAACCAGCUUCAGCAGAUUAUGCGUCUGACGGGGACACCCCCUGCUUAUCUCAUUAACAGGAUGCCAAGCCAUGAGGCAAGAAACUACAUUCAGUCUUUGACCCAGAUGCCGAAGAUGAAUUUUGCAAAUGUAUUUAUUGGUGCCAAUCCCCUGGCUGUCGACUUGCUGGAGAAGAUGCUUGUAUUGGACUCAGAUAAGAGAAUCACAGCAGCCCAAGCCCUUGCACAUGCCUACUUUGCUCAGUACCAUGAUCCUGAUGAUGAACCGGUGGCUGAUCCUUACGACCAGUCCUUUGAAAGCAGGGACCUCCUUAUAGAUGAGUGGAAAAGCCUGACCUAUGAUGAAGUCAUCAGCUUUGUGCCACCACCACUUGACCAAGAAGAAAUGGAGUCCUGAGAACCUGAUUUCUGUUCUGUUGAUCCCACUUCACUGUGAGGGGAAGGCCUUUUCAUGGAACUCUCCAAAUAUCAUUCAAGUGCCUCUUGUCGCAAAGAUUUCCUCCAUGGUGGAAGGGGUGUAUGUGUAUGUGUGCGUGUGUGUGUUCGUGCGUGUGCAUGUGUGUGUUCUCUUUAUGGUAAGAGAAUAUGAGCAAACUAUGAUCACAGUGACUUUAUGUGGCAUCGAGAUCACUCUGUGGCAGCCUCUGCCUGCUCUUCAUUGUGAGAGUUGGCUCAAGCAGAUGAGAGCUCCAAUCUUGUUAGGGGUAUGUUAAAUGCAAAGUCAAAAUAUUAAACAGCCCAGAUCCCAGGCAUGCUUUUACCACUUUGGCCUCUCCUGUGGUCCCAUCUUCAUGGUGGGAGUAGAUGUGACCGUAUCGCACAGUGGCCCAGAGGGAAGGCUCAUACCUUCUGGCUACUUCAGAUCUGAAGCCGUCCCUCAACAAUGUGUACAGCCACAACGGACCAACCGGCCUCUGUGCACUAGCCCGUGAUUAACUUGUUUAGUAUCAUCCUCAGAACUUGACAAGUGUACCUGAAACUGUAAAUAUGUUUGUGCCUUAAAAGGAGAGAAAAAGGUGUGGGCAGUUAAGGGAAUGCAGCAGAUGGAGUUCUGAGCCAAGCAGGCAGACAGGGUUGUCAGACGGCCACUUGUAAACCGGUAGUGACCAGGGAGCCCUCAGAGGCAGUGUGUAUGUAUGAAUGAGCAUGCGUAUAUGUGUGUGUGUUUCUCCCUCACCCCUAGGCGGUGUUGCCAUUUCUCUGCUUACUCCUCACCUUCCACACAGAGGUUUCUUGAGUAUUGGCCCCAGUAGUCAUAAGCAGGUUCUUACUAUCAGUAUAUUCCUGUGUGCUUUUUAUUCCUAGCAGAGUGAGGAUGUGUUUUGCAUGUCUUGCUAUUUGAGCAUGCACAGCUGCUUGUCCUGUUCUCUUCGGGAAGCCCUGGUGCCAGGCACGUUUGCCAGUGAAGACUUGUUGGGUAGUUCAGACCCUGUGUCACCUCAGCCAAUGUUAUGGGCCGGUGACAUCAUCCUCUCUUCAGCCCCCAGUGCUAUUUUGUGUUGAACACAACUGCUACUCCAGGUGCUUUUGAUGUGAAAACCGUGAAGAAAUGGAACAAAUGAAUGUAUAGCAUUUUAAUCCUUGCCAUCCUGGUUUUCAACAAACUAUUUUUGGGGCACUGUCAUGGGAAAGAUCAGGGCUUUUCCCAGGAAUAUCCCAAACUCUGGAAAACAAGUUGUUCUCUUCACUUCCAGUAACUUCAGCUGAGGAAUGCUGAAAAUCAAAGUGAAAAAUAAAAGCUCAUGAGGCCAGAAACUCAUUUUGCUAUCUUUCUCUAAAUAUGGUUGCAAGAAAAGUAACGAGGUGUUUUUUUCACCCCUCUAUUGAAAAGGGUCUUCUUGGCAGCUUAACAUUGUCUCCUUGGUCUUGGUUUGGGGAGAAAUCAAUUUUGUUUCUGAAUUUUGUAUAUUGCAGGAAUCCUUUGGGAAUGUGAUUCCUUUUGAUGGGGAGAAAGGGCAAAUUAUUUUAAUAUUUUGUAUUUUCAACUUUUUAGAGAUGAAAUAUCCUCAGGGGUGGAGAAGAGUGGUUUUCCUAAUUUUUUGAAUUUCAGGCAUCUUAUGCUACAUAAAGGCCCACGUUUAAGCCUUUUGUGAAAUAGAAAGUGCAAAGCCACUUCCAGGGUUGGCUGUGUAACACCUUGAACUUGGGCCGAGGUGUUUCCAUUUCUCUGUCACAGUGUGGUGAUACGCGGUGCUCCAGAGGACAAGGAGAUCUCCUGGGUCAUCUGGAGCAAGAAGGAAGGAGGCAGGCCAGUGGUGAUUACCCCUCCCUCACCUAGGAUUCUCCCCCUCUUAAAAGGAAAGUGAACGUUAAGGCCUCAUCUCCUUUAUAUGCAGUUCAAAUCCUCACUUGGAAAUGUAAUCCACAGCAAGAUGAAUUUUAUCAGCCGUGUUUGGUUGUAAAAGCUAGUGUGAUUUCCUACAGAAAUACUGCGCUGAAUAUUUUUUCAUAAAGGUCUUUGCACAUGUGACCACAUACGUGUUAGGAGACUGCAUGCUCCAGGAGCCUGGACUCCAAAUUGAGCUUGAGGAAGAGCUCCUUGGUUUCUGAGCAUUAUGCUCCCUUCUCCUGAUUUCUCUGAACAGAACACAAGAGAGAAUGAGGGAAACUGCUAUUUUAUUUGUAUUCAUGAACUUGACUGUAAUCAGUUAUGCCAUAUAGGAUGUCAUACAAUACCACUGGUUAAAAAUAAAACCUAUUUUUCAAAUGUAGUGAGUUUCUCAAGUUUAUUAUAUUUUAAUUUUGAUAUUUUUACUUGAUACACAUGACAGCUUUAUUUCAAUGUUCUCUCAACUAUGGCCUGGCUUAAUUUUCUGAUAUAUUUUAAUUUUACACUUAAAACUUAGAAGAUGUU